CAAGAAUCAAACACAAGGUCUUUCUAGAAAGGGACCGAAUAUUUGAAUUAUCCAACUUAAUAUCCUCCAUAUAUUUCCUCAACAGCCCAACUCAAACACCAUUACUACAAACCCAGAUAUUUCUCUGAAUUCUCUCUCAAAUUUUCUGCAUUCAAUACAAAAACAAUCGAAAAAUGUCAGGGCCACAAUGCUGCGAAAAUCCCCCUGCUUUAAACCCAAGCAGUGGAACUGGGCAUGUUGAAGAAAUUGGUGGUCUUAAAUCAUAUGUUUCUGGCACUUCUGAUUGCAAGUUUGCUGUUCUUUUCAUCUCUGAUGUUUAUGGAUUUGAAGCUCCAAAUUUGAGGAAGCUCGCAGACAAAGUUGCUUCUGCUGGUUACUAUGCUGUUGUCCCUGAUUUCCUCCACGGGGAUCCUUACAAUCCCGAGAACACCGAGAGACCAAUCCAAGCUUGGAUAAAGGACCAUGGGACGGACAAAGGAUGUGAAGAGGCUAAGCCGGUAAUUGAAUCUCUGAAGCAGAAAGGUAUAUCUAAGAUAGGAGCAGUUGGCUUUUGUUGGGGAGCCAAAGUGGUUGUGCAACUAGCACAAACGGAUGAAUAUAUACAAGCAGCAGCGCUCCUACACCCUUCAUUUGUUACUGUGGAUGAUAUUAAAGGUGUGAAGGUACCUAUUACUGUUCUUGGGGCUGAGGUUGAUCACAUGUCUCCACCUGAGCUCAUGAAGCAAUUUGAGGAGGCCUUGAAUGCCAAGCCGGAGGUGGACAAAUUCAUCAAGAUUUUCCCCGGAGUUUCCCAUGGAUGGACAGUCAGAUACAAACCUGAAGAUGCUGCAGUAGUCAAGGCUGCGGAGGAAGCUCACCAGGAUAUGUUGGGAUGGUUUCAGAAGCACAUAAAGUGAAGAUCGUAGAGAGUUACGAUAACCUGAUCUGAGUAUUACACUAUCACGUGCAGUAAAAAGGGCUGUAUGAAAUAUAAUGAGCUAUGGUUUGAGUGAUUUGUCAAAUACUUGCACAGAUGCACGUUUAUGUGACUUGUGGAAUUUCAUAAAAAUAAAGUUCUGCUUGUGAUUUAGUAAUCUUA